CGGAAGCGCUCCUGGUGCAGGUCCUCAGGGUCGCCGAUGCCCAGCAGGACCGCGAGAUCGCGAAGCUCCUCGCGGCUCUCGAGGCCGGACUUCCCGGACACGCUGGUGGUCGCGGUGCCCUCCGACGUCUCCGACAUCGUCUCCGCCGCCCUGCGUUGCUCGCCGUUAUUCACCACCAUCUCGUCGGGCCUCAUCCUGCCGACGAGAGACGAGUCCGCCGCGACCUACGUCGGGACGCUGCCGAAACACAGCAAAGCUGGCGUUUUGGCGACUUUACUGUAAUCAGCUGAUUAAUCCGAUGAGAAGUUAAACGAUGCGUUCCAAACGUCGACGAUUUCUCAAAGUGAAGUGAAAACUGAAAUGGAAAAUUGAAUAAAAGGAAGAGGAGAAGAAAGCGUGCUAUUGUGUCUCAAAAAGGACGAACAAAAUAAAAGGAAUAUGUCGGAGAGGAAGCUUCUCUCUGGUCGGACUUGACUGUACACUCUGCGUGUAUAAAUAAUAAUCCGAAUUCACAAUCGAAAAUAAUCUCUUCGUAAGAAGAAUUACGUUUCGAGCAUUUAUUAAGUAUUCAGCUUUAUUUCUGUCACAUGAGAGUGAUGUGAUUCUCUGCAGAACGAGUCGAAGUGAGGACCUGCCGGAUAUGUUUACAUUUACAAUAUUGCAAAUAAGGCUGUAAAUGAUGCUGCAAGCUCGCUGGGAACGUUCUCAGAAACGUAAGAAACUUUUAGCCCAAACGCUGGGAGUUUCCAGUGUGGACGAAUUACGUCAAAUUUUGGGAACAGAUGUCGAGGAUACUCAAAAAAAGAGGAACAGACUGUCCAGUGACAAAUCUGAUAACGCAGUCAAGGAUUUGAAAGACGAUGCUGCGCCAGCAGAUGAGAUUGUAUAUAAGGAUUCUUCGACAUUCUUAAAGGGAACGCAAUCAUCAAAUCCACACAAUGAUUACUGUCAACACUUCAUUGACACUGGCCAACGGCCACAGAACUUUAUCAGGGACGUGGGUCUGGCGGAUAGAUUCGAGGAAUAUCCAAAGUUGCGUGAGCUGAUCAAACUGAAGGACGAUUUAAUAGCGGAAACCGCGACCCCACCAAUGUACCUAAAAACAGACCUGCUGUCGUAUAACUUGAAAGAGCUCAAUUGUAAAUUUGAUGUCAUUCUUAUAGAGCCACCUCUGGAAGAAUAUCAGAGAACAUGCGGCGCGACCAAUGUACAGCUUUGGAAUUGGGACCAAAUAAUGGAGCUAGAUAUUGGUGAAGUGGCCGCCAAUCGUAGCUUCGUGUUUUUAUGGUGCGGUAGCAGCGAUGGCUUAGACAUGGGACGGUUUUGCCUGCGCAAGUGGGGUUUCCGACGUUGCGAGGAUAUCUGCUGGAUCCGUACAAACAUCAAUAAUCCAGGACACAGCAAAAAUCUGGACAGCAAGGCGGUGCUGCAAAGGACGAAGGAACACUGCCUGAUGGGUAUCAAAGGUACAGUGCGACGUUCCACUGACGGUGACUUUAUCCACGCAAACGUCGACAUCGAUCUCAUCAUAUCGGAGGAGCCUGACUACGGAUCCAUCGAGAAACCUGUGGAGAUCUUUCACAUCAUCGAACACUUUUGUCUCGGCCGAAGAAGGUUACACCUCUUCGGUCGCGACAGCACCAUCAGGCCUGGUUGGCUCACCGUCGGCCCAGAACUGACAAAUACGAACUUCAAUGCGGAUCUUUAUCAGAGUUACUUUACCAAUGGUCAGAUCACCACGGGUUGCACCGAGAGGAUAGAGGCGCUUAGGCCAAAAUCGCCACCACCCAAGGGAAAGGUAUCUGGUCGAGGUAGAGGAGGCUUUAAUCGUGGCAGAGGUAGAGGGAGAUAAAUUAAUAAUUUCAGAAUUCUACAUUAUGUCUUUCGACCAUUAUUGUAAUAGACGAAAAAAAAUACAAAAUUCUUAUGAAGA